AUGUCCGUCGGCUCUAAUAUCUUUGCCGUAGACGGAACCUCUUACCGUAAAGGCGCCAGCGGUAAGCUUGUAUUCGGAACCAUGACUCUCCCUCCAGGGUCCGAAAUCACACCGUCAGGCCACGUCAUUCCUGUUGGCUCCAGUUCUGCGGUCGUCGAUGGCACCUCAUACACCUGGGCUGCACCCGCAUCCUCACCAACUUCAACGCCUGCAAGUGAAAAUAUUGGAGGCCUCAUCAUCUUAUACAGGUGGCGCGUCGAGCUCGCUGGUGCUUUUGAGACCUGGACUGCCUACGACGAUGAUGGUGACAUAUAA